AUGGGCGGUACACACAAAAAGAAGCUGAGAGCUGAAAAAGCAAAAGUUAAACUUAAAGGUGCCAAACUGCCGAAAGGUUUAAAUGUAACCAAAACUGAAUUCAAAGUACGAAAAAUUACCAUACGCGAACAAUUGAAGGAAGCCCAAUUUGUGGAUGGCAUCAAACAAGUCAAUCUUAAGGAAUGCCUGUCCAAAUUGAAACAUCACAGUUCGAAUUUUCGUAGUGAGGCAUUGAAAAAUCUACGCGAUGCUAUUGCCAUAAAUCAUCCGGGAAUUAUGGGCUGUUUGAGUGAACUGAUCCAGGGUAUAUCAGCUGUGUGCUUGGAUCAAGAACGUGAUGCCCGCAGGGAGUCAUAUAAAACAUUUGGUGCCCUACUCGCUUUUCUUCCCCUAGAUGCGGUGGCACCAUUCUUUCACAUUAUUUCAUCGUAUUUACGUUGUGCAAUGACCCACAUCCAACCGAAUAUCCAAGAAGAUUCUCUACUACUGUUGGAUGUUCUAUUGCAACAUAUACCCACAUUGGUGGCUAGCCAUAGUGCCAAGAUUUUGCAUAAUUUUUUGGAAAUGAUAUCACGAGUACGUGCCGAGGGCGAUAAGGCUGGACGGAUGUUGACCGUAAAUAUGGGACAAAAACAGACAACCAUAAAAUGGCGUUCCAAGGUGCUGUUGCGUUUGCAACAAAUGUUGGAAACAUUGGCCGAAUAUAAACAAGAACAGAGGCAAGAAGCCAUCUUAAGCGGUAGUAAUACCAGUGAAGGAUUGAUUACGCACAGCAUUAAGACCCCACAACAUUAUGGUGUUAAACGUCAAUAUGCAGCCAAUCAGCAUUGUGAUUUAUCCAAUAUAUUCAAUCGUUCUGUGGGUAGCUCUGCAACGGCCAAUGAUGACACAGCUGUGGAUGAAUAUGAACAACUGCGUUCAUAUGUAGAUCACUUGAUGCCACUGCUAUUGGAAUCAUGGUUAGAGGUACGACCACAACAGACAACAACAUCAUGCAGUGUGGAGACCCUAUUGACGCUGGAUGCCAGUUUAACUUUGAAAAUCGUUUUGGAAAUUAUUGAAAAUCUAUGGUCGCUCAUUGAGAUCUAUGAAGAGCAGGUGAACAAUCAUGAUUUGAGUUUGUGGUUUAAGGAUCAAUAUGCGGAUGUUUUUGCGGCAAAUUUCUUGCAAAGUUCCUAUCCUUAUCAACAGUUUAAUGCAGAUGAAGAUUCCGGCCACUCCAAAAAGAAGACCAAAAAAUCCCCCAACACCUUGUCACCAUAUUGUCUGCAACAAAAUAUAACAAUUGGUUUUUUGAUGUGCCGCUUUUAUGCCAAUGCCUUGGAUCAGGAGUCAUCAAGAUUUAAUGCCGUCCUCAACUAUCUAAGCACCAUAAUUGACAGCUCUUUGGGUCACAAGGGUUCCCAGGAUUAUUUGCCAUCCUUGGUGAAAGCAUUGCGCGCUUUACUUUUACAAUCUGGUCAACGUUUGUGUGAUUUGCACAAAGAAUCCACCACAAAAUUGCUACGAAGUUGCAUCAAGGCAUUUUUGGAAAAUCGUUUUGGUGAAAUUUCCUCGAAAAUUUUAAUUAUACUUUGUGAAAUCGUACAAAGUCAUGAUCUGUGUAAGGUCUAUGGUGCUGAGGAAUUUACGGAAUUUCUUAAAUUCUUACCCAAUCUACUACUGAGGCCAUCUGUGAAUGUGGCCUGCCUCUUGGCAAUGAGUAAAUUGGGCAAACAACAAAAUCAUGUAUUCAUUGAUGCCCUCCGGAAUAUCCUAUCAAAAGUUAUAGAGCAUUUACAAAAUAUACAAGUGACUGGUGCACCGAAUGUCCUUGAAGGCAAGAAACACAUUAUGAAUUUGUUCUACUGGACAAAUCCCCAACAGAGUGUCAACGAAUUGGAGCUGACAAAAAUAAUCGAUACAGCUGAAUCAAGUAUAACAGAUAAACGCAUAUCUGGAUAUUGUAAAUAUAUAUUAACCAUAGCUUAAUAUUUCUAUUUUACAUUUUUCUAUUCUCUCU